GCCGACGAUGGCUUGAACCGCUUCCUGCAGACUCUGACUUUUUUGCAGGACUGCCUCAGGCCGGACAUCGCCAAAGAGGGAGAUGUGGGUGCGAGGGCCUGCGACCACGUCCGAUUCGUCAUGAAUACUCUAGGCCUUGCAAACUGGCUGCCACCAGCAAUCACGACCAGAGACAACGAGAUUCUGCAUUGUGCCUGGGAGCAUCCGAAGACUGGCUUGCUUGCUAACAGUGAGGAAUGUGACGUGGCCGCCAGUGGCAACUGUGAAGUUUGUGGUCUUACCCUGUGCCCGCUUCAUGCAGAGCUUCAUCCUCCUGAUGCUGGCAAGGCCCGCCGCCUCAGCGUUUGCUUUGACUCCGAGUGUCGCAGCUACGCCUCUGCCAGAGCUGCGGCGUGCACUGCAGUGCGGACAGCACGGGCCGGCUUUUACUCUGCCUGCCUUGCAGCUGCGACUCCUCGGCUUGGCAUCUCUGGCCCUCCUGCUACGCUGGAGGAAGCCGUGGACUGUGCUGUCUGUGGCCUGGUUUUCACAAAGUUGCCGGGGUCCUUGCGGCACCACUGCCGUGGGUGUGGCAGGUCGUUAUGCGCCGUUUGCCUUUGUGGCGUUGCCGGCUGUCUGGUCAACGUGGCCCGCUGCCCGCACAAAGCCAGGCUGUACGACAAGGACGAGCGGAUCUGUAAGGACUGUCUACCCCUGGCUGCGGCAAGGGUGCAAGCGAAAGCCGUGACGAUGGGAAUCGUCGACACUGCCUGCCAGUUUGCAGAACACUGCCUUCGAGUCUCCGCCUUUCUGGAAGAUCCGGAGGCCGUACCUCUCUACGAGGCCAACAACGUUGACACCGUUCAGGAGAAGCUGUGGAGGGCCGGCGGCUUCGCCGUGGAAGGGGCGCGUCGGGCCGCGCCCUUGCUGUCGCUGCCCUGGGCCCUGGGGGUGCGCGCGGUGGAUGUGGUCUGGAACUACGGCCAAUACGGCUUGUUGGGCUUCCUGUUGCGCGAAGAGAUCAUGCAGGGGAUCAAGACCCUGCUGAGCCUCAGCUCUGCCCUGCAAGACAUUCCUCCGAAGGACCUGGUCGUAGGGAUCCUCUACUUGAGCGCGGAGCAGAGAAAAGCUCUACGAGAUGCUCCGGAGGAGAAUCGGCGACUGGCCAGUCAAGUGGGGCAGCCGGUGCCGCCUGACUUGCUGCAAGCGCUCAUCAGCAUGGCAUUGAUAGGAACCUAUGCACCUUACCACGAGACUCCUUUUGAGGUGCAGCGUUUUGCCUUGCAACAGAACUGGCGCCUGGUGACGGAACGGCUUUGUGAAAGCUGGAAGCACAAGCCGGCUUGGGCUCUCUUCAUAAGCUGCGAGCAUCGAACCGCUGCCCUCUCCAUUCGUGGCACCGACGUGGAGCAGUCGCGGGGAGGCGACCUCUUCACCGACUUCGACGCUGUGCCGGCGAAGUACGCGACCUCCGACGGCUGUGCUACGCUCGUUGCCCACAGCGGCAUCCUGGCAGCGGCGCUGGCGCUGGAAUCCGAGCUCCGCCCCACCUUGCGCAAGUUGGCCACCUCGGGCUACCGCCUGAUUCUGACUGGACACAGUUUGGGCGGCGCCGUCGCGGCCCUUCUCACCUGGCUGCUGCGGCACGGAACAGGCGGAGAGCGACUGCCGCUGGGGUUUGAGGGCCAAGCGUUUGGCAUUGGCUACUCGACGCCGUCAGUCGUGGACAGGAAGACUGCAGAGGAGAUGAAGCCUUUCUUCACUUCGGUGGUUAACUCGAUGGACGUCGUACCCCGCCUGAGUAAGGGGACGCUGAUGCAGCUCAGCUCAGAGAUUCGAGCUUGUGCUGAAGAGAGUGGAGCCGCCCUGGAUGAAGAUGUCCAGCACUACGUGGAGCGACUGACGACAGUUUGGGCUCCCCGCUUCCGGGACGGCACUCCGGUGCGGGACCCGAACCCGAAGCCUCGGGAAAGAGGCCAUUCGGGCUCACAGGUGUGCGCGGAGCGCGACCAAGAAGUAUGGAACCCUGAGACCUCAGAGAAUGUGGAUUCAAUGCCGGAUCUUUAUGUUCCUGGCAACGUCGUUUGGAUCCACCGUGUGUGUGGACAUCUCGAAGCGGCGCUGGUUCCAUGUGGUAUCAGACCGCUUCGGAGACUUGUUCUUGACAAGCGCAUGUUUGCGGACCAUGCAUCUCAGUCUCUUUACCAGGCACUGCUGGCGACACAAUCCAGACAGCCUUCAUGCUCUGAUGUCACGUGGCAGAGAUUUUCAGAUGCCGGGGAGAGGUGUCCCUGCUGCGGAAGCCGCUACGAAUGGAUGAGCACAGCUCGUAGCGGCAAAAUGCGAUGUCAUGCGAUGACGAACUGCCGAAAGUGCGGUUUGGUUGUGUGCCUUGGGUGUGCGAACACACGACGCUCCAUCCCGGAGUUGUGCCUGGAGUCAGCCCGAGUGUGUGACCGAUGUGCCUGGCGCUGUGACGACAGGUCGUUGCAAGCGUUGCCUGCCAUCUUCCAUUCUCUGGCAGCGCAAAACUCGCAGUCCUAG